ACUUGCAUUUGAACAACAAAAUGGGAGUCGAACUGAACUAGCAGCAAAUCACAGGCGGAGUUGGUCAUCGGCCGACAGAAAAGUGAGAAAUUCGGCCGCGAUUCCGAUUUGCGGUCGCCGCGAUAGCAGCCCUUACAAAAGGCAACGCGCCGGCGAAUUGACAACAUAGCAUCAUCAAUCAAUUGCCAGAAAACCAGCUCCGACCAUUUUCAUGACCAUGGGUCUGAAACUUCCUAAAGUAACCUCCAUGCAGUCAAUUUAUCGUGCUGUUGUUCAUGAUCCUUCUUGCAUAUGUUGUCUGCCUCUUGCAUCUAGAACUUUGUUUUCUUCCUUAGCAACUUGUCACGAUGCAGAAGGUAGAGAAUUUCCGCAUCGAGAACAAUCUCAAGACCUGACAAGAUCUGUGGACAUUCUUACUGCAAAAAUUGGCAAAGGAAACAGCGAGGAAGAUAUUCUCCGGUCUCUAAUCAGCGAUGAAGCUGUAAAUGGUAUUCAUCCAUCUCAAAACCUUAUUAACAGGUUACUUUGUCGAUAUAAGAAUGAUUGGAAGUCUGCAUUGGGGAUAUUCAAAUGGGCCAGUUUUCAUUCAAACUUUAAACAUUCGCAAGAAUCGUAUGAUAUGAUGGUAGAUAUAUUGGGCAGAAUGAAGGUAAUGGAAAAGAUGGGAGAGAUCUUAGAAGAAAUGCGUGAGGAGAGUCUCGUCACUCUCGAUACUAUAGCCAAGGUAAUGAGAAGGUUUGCCGGGACAAGACAGUGGAAAGAUGCUGUGAGGAUAUUUGAUGACUUACAGAUUUUCGACUUGGAGAAGAAUACGGAAUCCAUGAAUGUGUUGCUUGAUACUCUAUGCAAAGAGAAAUUUGUUGAGCAAGCUCGUGAAAUUUAUGUGGAGCUGAAGCAUUACAUUGCUCCAAACGCUCACACGUUUAACAUAUUUAUUCAUGGAUGGUGCAAAAUCCGACGUGUUGAGGAGGCACAUUGGACAAUCCAAGAGAUGAAAGGAUAUGGUUGUCGCCCUUGUGUUAUAAGUUAUUCCAACAUCAUCCAAUGUUAUUGUCAAGAACAGAAUUUCGACAGGGUUUACGAACUUCUCGAUGAAAUGCAAGCUCAAAAUUGCUCCCCCAAUGUGAUCACUUAUACUAUUAUCAUGUGUGCGCUGGCAAAAGCAAAAAAAAUCGACGAAGCUUUUCAACUCGUUGAGAGAAUGAACUCUACCGGAUGUAAACCUGAUACACUUUUUUACAAUUCGUUCAUUUAUGCGUUGGGGAGAGCAGGCAGAAUAGACAAUGCUAUGCAUGUUUUCAAGGUUGCGAUGCCAAAGGCCGGUGUGGCCCCAAAUACGUCUACAUAUAAUUCUAUGAUUUCAAUGUUUUGUUUCUAUGCACAAGAAGAGAGAGCUUUUGGCAUACUGAAGGAGAUGGAAGAUUCAGGUCUAUGUAAGCCUGAUAUUCAGACUUAUCACCCAUUGAUAAAAUUAUGCUUUAAAAUGCGAAAAAUAGAUUGUUUGUUGAAUGAUAUAUUAAAUGACAUGGUAAAGAAAUAUCAUAUUGGUCUUGAUCUUUCAACCUAUACACUACUAAUUCAUGGGCUUUGUAGAGCAGAUAGAUGUAAGUGGGCGUUCGUUCUGUUCGAGGAGAUGGUUGAUCAAGAUAUCGUGCCUAGAUACCGAACCUGCCGUUUGCUCUUGGAUGAAGUCAAUAGGAUAAAUAUGUAUGAAGCUGCUGAGAAAAUUGAAAUUCUUAUGAAGAAACUUUAAAUGCUUGAGUCUCUUUGAUACGUACUGGUUGGUUCUGAGUAUAAUAGAACACUCAAUCACAUUCCAAGUAUUCGAGAACCUUGUUAUCUCCCACAUUAAAAUCCUCUCCAACAGUUGGUUAGGUAUGAAUAGUGAGAAGAGAAAUAACUCCUGAAUGGAUAGAAUAGUGAGAAGAAAGACAUGAUGUUUUUUUAUGGUUAAAUUUGCCCCUAAAACAAAGAAGCUUGAUCAGAAGACUCAGAAGCUCGACCAACAGUUGGUUAGGUAUGACCUGUUGAAUGAUGAAUGGGAAGGAUACAAGUGAAAUUCAGAAAUUAUGUAAUUAUAAAGUGGCAAAUCAGUUUGCUGCUUUGCUAUAAAAAUGCCAUUUCAAAAUCAUACAAAACAAUUCUUGUAGAGAGACUAUAUAAGUUCUAUGUGGGGUGUAUCCGUGUAUGUAUAUGCUCUUUUUCUCAUCAUUGUGGGAGCAGUGAUAUGGAUUCUUGAACAACAAAUGUUGAGUUUCUUUCAUGUGUCUCCAAGGAAACAAGUUCAAUGAGUGUUGAGUCAUUGUGGAUAUGAUUCAGUGAAGUGAUGGUAACUGAGCAGAGGCUGGUUCAUGAUCAUGAUAAUCCUGCAUGAUUCUCAUUCUCUCAAGUCACUACAGAGUACAAGCGUUAGAGCGAAAACAGAAGAAUGGUAACGAUAAGCUUGUUUUAAUACUCUCUUAGCAAUACACUGUAAAUGAUAAUCUUUGGAGUUAGAAUUUUACUCAUUAUAUCUUUGGUCAAUUCUCCUUGUAUGUCACCUGUCACAAAGUACUAAGAAUUUUUUGUCAAAUUGCCUGUGAACAUAAUUGUUCAAACCAUAGUUUUUGUUGUAUUUCAUGUUUGUUAUGAACUAUUUCUAAAGAAUAGCAAGAAUAUAGAAGGAGAAGAGAAAGAGAGAAGAGAAAGGAAUAGACCAUUGUUAUUAUUCUAUUCA